AUGACCCGUUGUAAACACACUGGCUGGCUGCGCGUGGCCACCAAAGACCAGGCGUACUUCGUCGAAAGCUCGGAUCGUGCCCAGAGACUGCUGGACAGUCUGCCACGCCCGGAUAGCCAAUACCCGAGUAUCCUCGUGAUGAUUGGAAACGCGGCCAAGCGGGUUGCCCUGCAAAGACUCGGUGUGGACAUCACCAGGCCCAACACAACCCGGGGCCACGGCGAGAUCCAUCUUAACAAGGCUCCUGUCGGCGCGUCUGGCGCAAGGCCGACGCUGAUUGCCGAUGCCGACGUUCCGCCCCAUAAGCGGCUCGGGAGGCCGAGGAAAUCCACGCUCUGCCAUGAAGUCGUAGCAAGGCCACUGUCGAUCUCUCACGGUGGAAACACCUCGUCCACCAUGCCGUCCACCAUGCCGUCCACCAUGCCGUCCACCAUGCCGUCUACCAUGCCGCCCACGACGGUAGAAGCUGGCGAUCAUAUCUACAAUCGCAUGCUUCUCCCGUUUGCUGAUGCUGUGUGUUUCUUUGCCGACGACAUCGGCGGCGUAGAGGUCGUCGCCCAGCGUCUUGCGUCGUGGCUGAACCUGAGUACGCCGUCCACAUCGUCGGUGCGGCCCUGGUUAGUGGUCGUCGUGAACGGCGACGGAGAGGAUUCCGCACGCA